GGAAGGGAUACGUUACGGUAAGUCGAGUGCAGUGCACUCGCUUUCCACGUAUCUCAUGCGGGUCUGGCGAUGAGAUGGUAAUGAAAAGCGAACUUAAUACUGUCAUUGUUUCACGAGACUGGCGCACCGCAUAGUAUACCUGUUACUUGAUCACUGGAUAAGCGGCAUAUGCCGCUUUGUCACUCCACACCUUCCCUUUGCGAACAUUCACCACACCUCCACACUUUCAAACACAUGCACAUGAACAUGUAAUAUACAGGACGGAAUGUCCGCACCUCAGGACUUCCCGACAACACCCCUAGCCCGUCUCGGAGGCCACAGCGGACCCGUCCACGCCCUCACCUUCUCCGCCGGAUCAGGCCAAUACCUUCUCACAGGCUCCCAAGACCGCCAGGUCCGCCUUUUCAAUCCGUCUACCCGUAAGCUUGUCCAGACUUACUCCGCUCAUGGCUAUGAAGUCCUUGAUCUGGCCGUCAGUGAUGAUAACUCCCGUUUCGCGUCUGUAGGCGGUGACAAAACGGUCUUUCUAUGGGACGUUGCCACCGCGCAGACCUUGAGACGGUUUGCGGGACACGUUGCUCGUGUUAACGCUGUCGCUUUCGGUGGAGAUGGGGACUCGGUGAUUGUGAGUGGAAGUUUUGAUGGGACGGUCAAGGUCUGGGAUGGGAAGUCGAGGUCCGAGAAGCCUAUCAUGACAUUUGGUGAGGCGAAGGAUGCGAUUAGCUCCGUUGCCGUUGUUGGGGCUGAGAUCUAUGCUGGAAGCGUUGAUGGGAGGGUUAGGGUGUAUGAUCUUGCUGCCGGCCAUGUGAAUGUUGAUGUGCUUGGAGCGAGCGUGACGAGCGUUACACUCACGAAGGCGGGAGAUAGUUUCUUGGUCUCUUCGCUGGAUUCAAAGCUGCGCCUUAUGGACCGGCCGACUGGAAAGUGCUUGCAAACGUUCAAAGAUCCGCAAUUUGUGAACAAGACGUACCGCAUUCGUUCGACGUUGGGCAUGGCGGAUAGUAUGGCUAUCAGUGGAGGAGAGGAUGGGAGUGUCUGUGUUUGGGAUGUCUUGAGUGGAUCGCUGAUGCAUCGACUAACGCAUACGAGGGAGAUCACGACAAGCGAGAAGACGAGUAAGAAGGACGUGGUGUCUGCCAUCGCUUGGAACCAGCUGCGAAAGCAAUGGGCAAGCGCUGGCGGUGACGGGGAGGUGGUGAUUUGGGGCCUUCCGCCAUGAAAGUGAGCCCGCAACGUGUGCGCCACUGUCUUAUUUUAUCAUGGCAUAUCAGCCCUCCUUUCUCAGGCAUAUGAUGGGAUCCAAUCUACCAAGCGGCAACAAGGACACGCACUGCGACUUG